AUGAACUUAGAUUGCGGUUUGGUUCCUAAGGACACGACGUAUGUGGAGAAGUCAACGAAUAUAUCAUACAAAUCAGACGCGACUUACAUCGAAACUGGAUUGCCCGGGAAGAUUAACGAUGCGUACAAGACGCAGUUUCAGCAACAGACUUGGGCCUUAAGAAGCUUCCCUGAGGGUCAAAGAAACUGUUACAACUUCAACCUCACAGCGAAGCGCAGAUACCUGAUCAGAGGAACCUUUAUCUAUGGGAAUUACGACGGUUUGAAUAAACUUCCGAGCUUUGAACUUCACAUCGGUCCUAACAAUUGGACUACUGUUUCAACCCUAGGAGUCACAAAUGGUUCUAUCCACGAGAUGAUCCAUGUCUUACCACAAAGCCACCUCCAAGUUUGUCUUGUUAAGACAGGGGAAACAACACCGUUUAUUUCGUCACUGGAGCUUCGUCCUUUGCACAAUGAAACUUACGUCACGCAAAGCGGAUCGUUGAUCGCCGUCGCGAGAGUUUACUUUUCACCCACUCCAUCGUUUGUCAGGUAUGAUGAGGACAUUCACGACCGAACCUGGGUUCCAUUCUUGGAAACCAAGACUACAGCGUUAACCACGGAUGCUUUGGUUGACACAAGUAACUUCUACCACGUGCCUCAGCCUGUGGCGAAAACUGCUGCUGAUUUGAAACUCGUAAACUUAAGCGGAAACCCAAAGCUCAAUAGCUCAGCACUUUCAGACCGUCUUAAGGAAAGGAUAGAUAGCAAAAUUUUAACACUAAUUUUGGAUAAAAACCAGAAUCAAACCACCCCAAAAAGUAAGAGUAGUAGUGUUACAGUGAUUGCUAUCGCUGCGUCAGUGUCUGCAGCGAGGUUAUCCGCCACAGACUCACAAUAUAGCAAGGAUAUGGGUAUUGAGGUAGAGAUGAACUCUGAAGCAAACUCGAGUCAGGAGGGAAGAGUCAGAGACGAAGAAGCAAAUUCCAAAAAUGCCCCUACUCUGUAUGUCAUGUGA